CACUGCGUCCCCAACCCAACAACCCAGCCCCCCUCAUCCCUCGUGAAGACAGCCCGCUCGCGACUCCGCGUCCCGGCAUGGCCGCUCCGUUGCUCCGCUCCGCCUUCGCCACCCUCGCCACGCUGCUGCUAGCGCGGCCCGGCCUCGGCCAGACAGGGGCGGGUGCAGAGUCUCGCUCGAGCUGCAUGAUGGAUUUGGACCCGGGGCCCUGCCGCGCCUACCUGCCGCGCGUCUUCUACAACCGCUACACGCAGCGCUGCGAGCCCUUCCACUACGGCGGCUGCUUCGGCAAUGGCAACAACUUCGAGAGCCUGGCCGAGUGCAACGCCAAGUGCGCCUGGAUCCCCGUUGCGCCGAAGGCGUGCCGCCUGGACAUGGAGGUGGGCGUCUGCCGCGCCCUCCUCCGCCGCUACUUCUUCAACAUGACCUCGGGCUCCUGCGAGGAGUUUGGCUACGGAGGUUGCCAGGGCAACCUCAACAAUUUCAAGGACGCAGCAUCUUGCUACCAGCACUGCGUCCAUCGUGCAGUGCUCCCCCGGAUCUGCCUGAUGAAAGCCGACCCUGGUGAGUGCACCGCCGUCAUCCCGCGCUUCCACUACAACCCGAAGACGAGCAACUGCGAGAGCUUCACCUACGGUGGCUGCGGCGGCAACGACAACAACUUCAGUAGCGAGCGCAGCUGCAUGAGCGUCUGCGGCCAGGCUGUCAUUCCGGCGUCUACAAGUGCUCAGUACCUGAGCCCGUCUCGUCGUGUCUUCGUGGCCAGGAGGAGGCAAGGAAAGACCUUCAAGCACAAAAUUAUUCGCCAAUGAACUAUGCACACAACGCCACCAAAUGAGGCCACAGGUCUCUGAUAUGUGUUUCCGCGUCAUGCCGUGUUUUUUUUGGCAUUAUGUCCGACGUUUAGCUCCACGUGCUGGAAGCUUUUUCAAGAACUGAAUGAAAAGCUUCCGGUAUGUAGAGAUAAACGCCGGACAUUGUGCCGAACAACUCCCAAAAACAUCGGUGAGCCAUAUAGUACAACCGUGAAAAGCUACGCAGUGGCAAUGCCAGGGUUGUUGUCGGAAGGGGUAAGGAUUUGCCGUGGCUUCAAUGCAGCAUUUCAACUUUAGUUUAUUACUGGAUUAGUUUAUAACUUUUUUACAACUUUAAAUAGCUUGUUAAAGAUGGGUAAAUUUUUGCCUUUUAGAAAACACCUCAAAAGUGAAAAGGAAAGGCAGUAUUAUCUGGACCAAAAUAUUUAGUAUUUAAUUCUUAAUCAUUAAAUUCUGAAGUCACUGUCCAAUUUACAUUCAACGCCAGAUUUAUAAAGUCAAUGAUUUAUAUAGAUAAAGUUUCACUGCAUCGUCAGUUUGUGAUCUCUCUGGGUGGUGUUGGGUGGAUGCUAUGAGCCCCUGGCAACCGAAAUGUGGUGAGAGCUGUCCGUCGUACGUGAUAAAUUCGUCGGAAUCAUCACGAGCCAUGGAAACGGGCGUAGGCAUCAGACACAGCACCAACCUCCACACCGCACCACAAAGUUGCGCUCCACUGCUCAAAUCACGGGGCAUGCUUCAGAAAUUAAAAUCAUAGUCGUUCCUAUUCAUUCACAGUCCUUUGUCAAUGGACUACUGGAUGUAGUCCCCCGCCCAAUGCCGUGCUGGGCGUGUAUGUUGAACUUCUUUCGCACCGUACGUAGCCAACCGUGCUAUGCUUCACGCUAGUAAGUGCAGAUUCGUUAAGGGGGCGGGGGGGGGGGGCAGAACCGAUUUGGCUACCACUCGCCACUGACUUUAGCCGUGGCAAUAAAUUGAACUCGGGUCGCAGAGUCCAUAUCUCAGUCUGCCAUUGCCCCACCCGUUUUCGGAAAUGUGCUUAUAAAAACUAUUAAUAACAGCCAUCAGUACAUCUCUCCACAUAAAAACAAAAACAUGAUUUACUCCACCAGCGUAUGGAUUUUUCAGAUUAAUAUUAUUUAGUACCAUUUGUUUCAACAAGAAAGCUCUGGACUGGUUUUGACAUUGUUUGGGUCUCAUCAGCCGAGUCAGGCUUGUUAAACAAAUACCGCUGGGUAGCCAGCUGAUACUCUCAUAGGGUACUCCAUGUACACAGCAGGACCCUGUUCAACUCCUCAAGGAAUUUUCUAUAAAAACUAAAAAUAACUCGUGUUAGUAAUUAGAAUUGUGGAUACCAAUUUCAUUACCCAUAAUGCACCGCAUUAGAUGGGCCUUGAGACAUUUCCAAGUCCAUCGCUGUACAAACCUGCCACCACGAGAGGUGCUGCAAUUGUGAGGUGCGCUGAGUAAACCAGAGGCAGUCUCCCUUGCAUAUGGCUGGGGUGAAUGGCAACCCGUACGUUUAAGUCCACAUUAAAUUACCCAAACGGCAGUGCAUGUGCCGAUCACGUAGACGUGAGUCAUCCCACACACGAGGCACGUUGUGAAACUCCUCAAACAACCGAAUCGACGUGAACGUGCCUAAUCUCAUCAAAUAUUAAAAGAUAAUCAACCUUGAGGCCGGUUAGCAAAUGCGUGGGAGACUGCCUGCAAAGUACCAGAUCAUGUCGGCUUAGGCUGCGAGGUCACCAAGAGAAGGCAGUAGAGCAAUGGAGUCUUCGCAUCUAUCUGCGGAACUUUAAGUGUACCUCAUCGUGUGCGUGGGGUUUCUCCAAGCAACUCUGAAUUCGUCCCACAUGCAAUAUAUUCAUUAAUGAAAUCGGCUUUGAACUGCAAUGCAUAAACCCCGUCAGCAAAAAACUCUUGAGGCUCAGUGAGGCCGUUCCCUGCGAAAAUAUGGAACAUUACUUUUAUAAAUCAAGAAUCCGAGGGUUGUCACGUAACAUUACCAUCUCGAUGCCGUUAAACAUAUUUUACGCGUCCUCCAUCUUUAUAUAGAUUUUUUCGUUUUCCAAAAAUGACAAAAUUGCACAUAAAAUAUAUACUGUUGUGUAGCUGUAUACAGUAGUGUGAACGAGUAUUUUUUUUAUGAACAAAAAAUGUGUUCUGUUGGAAUUUUGAUUAAAGCUUCUCAAUAUGCUAAUGGGAAA